UGAACACGUCCCACGUUCUUUUUCUUCCCUCUUUUAGAACUCUCUCUCUCCCCAUCUUGCCACUUAUCCUCUCUCUCUCUCUCUCUCUCGCCGGAAAAAGAAAAACCAGAGAGAUCAUAUACGACGCCGUUUGCACAAAAAGAACACGAUCAUGUUGGAUCUCAGUCUUGGAAUCUUCUCUACCUAUAAGGAAGAUCAAGAUCGGAAAGUUCCAUUAAUCUCAACCGCCGGUGAAGAAGAAUCUAACGUCUCCUCCUCUUCCGUCUCCUCCACAGCUUCUGACACCGGAAAAGCUUUCAUCACCUUCGGAAUUCUCAAACGCGACGAUGAUGUCGUUCCCCCUCCUCCUCCUCAUAAAGAAACCGGAGAUCUUUUCCCGGUGGCUGAUGCUCGCCGGAAUAUUGAAUUCUCCGUCGACGACAGUCACUGGUUGAAUCUGUCGUCUUCACAGAGGAAUAAACAGCAAAUGGUGAAGAAGAGCAGAAGAGGGCCAAGGUCCCGAAGCUCCCAGUAUCGUGGCGUUACUUUUUACCGUCGCACCGGUCGUUGGGAAUCUCAUAUUUGGGAUUGUGGAAAGCAAGUUUAUUUAGGCGGGUUUGAUACUGCCUACGCAGCAGCAAGGGCGUACGACCGAGCUGCUAUCAAAUUCCGUGGUCUUGACGCAGAUAUCAAUUUCGUCGUGGAUGAUUACAGACAAGACAUCGAUAAGAUGAAGAAUUUAAAUAAAGUGGAGUUCGUGCACACACUUAGGCGAGAGAGUGCGAGUUUCGGAAGAGGAAGUUCCAAAUACAAAGGCCUGACUCUUCAAAAAUGCACCCAAUUCAAAACUCAUCAUGAUCAGAUUCAUCUCUUCCAAAACAGGGGAUGGGAUGCAGCAGCAAUCAAAUACAAUGAGUUGGGAAAAGGAGAAGGAGCCAUGAAGUUUGGUGCCUCUAUUAAAGGAAACCCUCACAACGAUCUUGAACUAAGUCUUGGUCUUUCUUCGUCAUCGGAAAAUAUAAAGUUGGCAACGGGGGACUAUUACAAAGGUAUCAACCGACCCGUGAUGGGUUUGUUCGGUAAGCAAUCAUCGAUCUAUUUACCGGUGACGACCAUGAACCCUUUGAAGACCGUUGCAGCAUCAUCAGGAUUCCCUUUUAUCACCAUGACCACUUCCUCUUCAUCCAUGUCCACUUGUUUUGAUCCAUAGGAUCCAUCAACACUCUUUUUAACUAAGAUAUCCAUAAUUUUUUUUUUUUUUGUGUAUAUCGACCAUAAAUUUGAUUCUUUCCUUAAUGAGUGAGAAAUAUUGAAAGUAUUUUUCUAACUUAAAACUCGAUAAUG